GUCUUCCUCUGACAUACCCCUUCACUCAAUGUUUGUACGCAGGCCCCGCCCCCACCAUUCAUCUGUAUCUGUGUGUGGCCGUAGUAAGGCAUGCGCAGUGCAGACGACGAGUAAAACGGACGGAAUUCAAAGUUUCUGACGAGCCCGACAAGAUGUUCGGCUUCCACAAGUCCAAGAUUUACCGCAGCAACGACGGCUGUUGUAUUUGCAAAACCAAGUCAUCCAGUUCUCGGUUCACGGACAGCGGCAGAUAUGAGGAGAACUUCAGGCUCUGCUUCGGUCUGUUAGAGGAUCGAGUUGGAGACAUCUGCAAUGCUUGUGUGCUGCUGGUAAAACGCUGGAAGAAAUUACCACAUGGAUCAAAGAAGAACUGGAACCAUGUGGUGGAUGCAAGGGCAGGACCUGGCUUCAAGCUAACCAAACCCAAGAAAGUCAAAAAUGGUGAUGGAAAGAAGAAAAGUAAACUGAAAAAGCUUCAUAAAUUUAAAAGACAAAAUUCAGAUGCCCACAGCACCACAUCCAGUAUGUCUCCCUCUCAGUCUCCCAGCCACAGUAAUCAGUCUGACGACGGGUCAGACAUCGAGACCAAGCAGAGGCGUCCAAACCCAGCGGGAUUCUCCUUUCUCGACCUGUCCUACUGGAAGAGGCAAAAGGUGUGCUGUGGGAUCGUCUACAAAGGGCGUUUCGGUGAGGUGAUCAUCGAUCCUCGUCUCUUCAAGCCCUGCUGUAACAAGAAGCGUCCAGCUCUGGCAUCCUCCUCGGACUCUCAGAUCUCACAAACACAUCCUUCCCCUCUUCCAGAGGACCUGAAGGAGGCAUGGUGAUCCAA